AUGAGUGACAUUGAAGAGCUCAAGAAGGUGGUUGCUCAAUUGCAGAAAGAGGUUACCCGAUUAGGUGGUAACUCUCCAGAUCAAGAAGAAGUCCGCAAACUCCAGUACAAGUACGGUUACUAUCUCGACAAAUGCCUGUACAAGGAGGUCGCCGAGCUUUACUCCAACCAUCCGGACACUUGUGUUGAAUUCCUAGGCGGCCGGUAUAAUGGCAAGGACGGUGUCAAACGGCUGUACAUCGGUCGCUUCGCCAAAUCCUUCGUGGCAGGUCGUAAUGGCCCUGUGCAUGGGUUCUUACUAGACCAUCCCCAAAUCCAGGGUAUCGUCGAUGUCAACCCUGAGGGGACACGCGCCAAGGGCCGGUUCCGUAGCAUGAUGUCUGCUGGUACCCAUGAAAGUAUCAAGGACACACAUCCUCGUGGACUUGUCCAGUGGUGGGAGGGUGGUAUAUAUGAGAAUGAGUACAUCAAAGAGGAUGGUGUAUGGAAGAUCUUCAGAUUGAAGUAUUUCCCAUUUUGGCAUGCUACUUUCGAGAAGGGGUGGUCAUACACGAAGCCGAACUAUGUUCCCUUUCUGUCAACCACCUAUCCCGAGGACCCGAAUGGUCCAAAUGAGCUCUGUGAGAAUCCUAUGUUGUGGCCAGACACCCGGGUGGUUCCGUUCCACUAUGAGCAUCCAAUCACAGGCGAGCAGGUAGCAGAUGAUGAUCUGAGGGCACCGGAGUAUGGUCAAGACCCCAGCUCGAGUACUCCCGCGCUCAAGUUGAGCAAGCCUGCGUCUGAUCCAUAGGUUCAAUUUAUAUCCACUUCUUUUACGAGCAAAAACAAGCGAACUCAAUGCAAUUCGAUUCGUGCAGUGAGACAAGCCAAUUUUCAG